CCUAGUGAAUUUCGCAUAAAUAUCCAUUUUAGAGGCACUUCGGGUAUUCCCGGUUUUUUAUCUCACUCUGUGGAUAAAAAAUGACGCGAUUCUUUAUUCGGUCGAAGUGGGCCCCCUUGUAGACGCACAACGGCGUUCGGCAGUUACGUCAGUUGUGAUUAUUCUGACGCCGACGCGACCGAAAAUUGUUUCGCGAUAAUUAUCGUGAUUGUCCAGGAAAUAUUCCAACGAUUAAGCUUAAGGCGUGAGGGUAAUCCAUCAUGGAAGAGUUACAGCAACAGAUUUUGAGUUGGUGUGACACCUUGGAGGAGUAUCUGAAAUGCGGGCAGUGUCGCGGACCGUUGAUCCGGGACACCUACCUCUGUGAGGCAGGCCACUUCGUCUGCUUGACCUGCAGCCAGGACUCCCCCAACGACAAAUGCUCCAUAUGCAAGAUGAAGUACACAAAGACACGAAAUUACUUGGCUGAGAAUCUUGCCGAGAAGAUGGAGACAAUCAGGAAGAAGAUCGGGGGAAAUGUCGAGGAUGACGACGACUUCAGGUCCGUCACCAGCGAGAACAGCAAUGCCUCCUGGAACACUUUCCCCUGUUGGAUUUGGAAUUGCAAGGUCCAGGGGUCUAUCGAGGAAAUUCGUCAGCAUUACAAGGAGAGUCACAGUGGAGUCUACGUCAAGGCUAACGACAAUCGUCCCGACUCCGAAGAAAAUAUACCCAAGUUGGAGGAUUUAGAUGUCGAGGUGUGCGUCAAUAACGCGUACUACAAGGCCUCCAUCACGGACGUCUUCCCCGAAGAAGUAUCUGUGACCUUCGAGAACAACUGGAUGCCUCAGUCAAGAUUUCCGUUCUCUCAAGUUCGUCUUCCAAUGAAGGACGCUGCAAGGCCAUUUUUUGGUGAGGGCCGGGAGGUCGAGGUGAAGGUGAGGGCCAACGAUGAGGCGCCUUGGGGAUGGCGGAGGGCCAUGAUGAAGAAAAAUACCCCGAAGGGAUAUUUAAAGUACGUGGAGUAUCUCGACCCUGAGCCAAACCUCGAGGAAAUAGUGAAUGUGAAGCGUCUCAGGGCCAAAAACUCAAAUCCUCCCAUCGAUGUGGACACCUUUCAUAAGACUGAGGUGCACAUAUCUGAGGUCAACGUUGUAGGCAAGGAGGAAGUUCUCCAGAGUGUCCAGAGAAUGACUGGGGCACCGUUGUGUAGAUAUUCCGAGAAUGGUCGGGUAAUUGUUGCCAUCUCCAAAGUGGCCGAGGGAAAGCAUUGCGAUGGAAAACUUCCCCACUCGACGAGCUUCUUCUUGGAUUACUCGUUUCCACGAACAAUGGAUCGACUUCUGGACAUUCCAGAUGUUGGAUUAUUCCUUCUUCAUGUCGUUGUUUACGAUAAUGGAGCUCUACGUGCUCAUCUGCUCAUGUACGAUAGCGGGAGGAAUGCGAGGAAGUAUCGGUACAAGUUGAAGAUCCAGUGUAAUGCACAGAAUUUCAGUGUUGAAGGAGUUGUCGAUACCGUUCGUAUCCCAAAGAAUCUCCUCGCCAAGAAGGGUCUUUUCGUCCAACGAGCCCACAACCUCCAGAUAGAGCUCCAGAAAACCCUAAAAUUCACGUGCCACGUCGAAGUGGACAGGAACACUCAACCCCCAGAGGAGAAGGCCUCCCAGAAGCUCACGGGUGCUAGGUACAAGUCUCGUAAUCAGAAGUCGACUGACGACCAGACGGAUUCCACCGCCAACACAAUAACCGAGGACUCGUCAGAUCUGAAGAAGAAGCCCCAGAAGAACUUCCAGAAGAAUCGAGACAAAUUAACCAAUGGAAAUCCCCAGAAUUCCCAGGAAAAACCGAAGAAUCCAAUCCCAAAGAUUUCAAACCCUCAGAAGAAGCAAAACUCUGAAGCUAAAGCUGAGAAUGUGAGGAAACCCAUCAAGAGUAAAUCUCCAGAGCUUCAGAAUCAUCAAUCCAGGGUGGAUGAUCCUUUGCAGACGAGUGGAGGGCAGAAUUCGCCCAGGCAGGGUGGAUUCGGAGGGAAUCUGGGGGGAUCUGGGGGGACUAUUCCUCCGGUGUUCGCACACCCACCUCCGUUCGGUUCGAUGCCGAGUUAUGGAAGUCAGGGGAUGGGGUAUCAGUCCCCUGGAGGGGGGGCUAACUACCCUCCAGGUGUACUGCCUCCCCAAGGCCUUCCGUCCAAUCCCCACCACUUCGGAGCUACCCCAGGUGUUUUCCCUGGGGCAAAUCCUCAUUAUCGUCCCCCACCUUCACCUGGAACUCCAGAAAUACCUGGAGCACAUCAUGGACAGCCAAGUGCUCCAGUGGAAGAUGGAAAUGGGGGGUACGUUCAGUAUCCUGAUUUGACGAACAUGAAACAUAAAAUGAUGGAUGAGGUUCAGAGGAAGGUCAUCGCGAAGGAGCGCAUGAGGGGCACUAGGACGUCGUCUACUGAGUCCAAAGACAAAUGUGUCAUUAGUUAGAGGGUUUCGAGGAGGUUUUUAUGUGGAGUCGGUGGAGAACGUGGAUUUACUGGAGUUGAGGUGAAGAAUUCUGUGAAAGGUAUCAAGACGAUUUUUUAUUUCUACGGAAUUAUGAAAUUAUCUUGAGUUAGUUUAGGAGAAAAUAUGAGAGGAGAAAGUUAAAAAAAAAUAAUGUCAAUUGAAAUUGUCUCCUGAAGUCGAUAAUCGUCGAGGUGAUUCAGGAUUUAUUACAAAAGAUGAAGAAUCGAGUCAUUUCGAGGAUAAAUUGCUCAUGAUCUUUUUGAGCUUCAGAGAAUGAAUUUCAUUAUCGACAUUGGGGUUCGUUCCCUCCGCAGAUUACCUCGUUAACAAUUUUUCUGGGAGUAUAAAAGAAAUGUGAGAGUAUGUCAUUGCUCAUGGUUUCAUGAACGAAAUGGUCAAUGUGACUUGUUCGUUAAUUAUCAAAAUACGUCGAGAAUAAGUGAUUUUAGCAGGGAAAACUCAGCUUUUGUGGCUGAGGAAAUUUUCAGCAAAACGUGUCUUGUUUUUUGUUUUCAACUCCAUAAUUACUUGGACUGCUGAAUAAUUUCGCUAAUGAAUUGAGAAUUAGUGGAACUGAUGAUUGAAAAAUAUGAAAAGAAAAAUCAUCGUUAUGAUGAAUAUAUAAUUGUUCACAUCCUCAUCAGUGUUUCAAUUAAACUGAGAGGAACAUCUUUGUUUAUUUAAACCGUAAAAUCCUGUCAAUGGUCUUUGCGUACUGCAUUUCGUGUUUUCAUUUAUUUGACGCGAAACCGAUGCAAUUCGUCGUUGUAAUCAAUUGAUUGAUUAAUCGACUCCUAUAAUUCAUCAGCAGUUACGAAAUACAUAUUUUUACGUAUGUGAGGUUCAAUUCUAGUUUAUUAAUCGAGAAUUGUUCCCUUCUAUGAAAUUGAUAUAAAGUUUAAUGUAUUCAUUGCAAAUCUGCUUGUGAUUUUUGCUGGCUGUGGCUGUCAUAAGUAGUUUUAUUACAAUUCCCUGUGUUUCAAGACAUUUAAAAAGAGUUGUAGUGAAGGGUUUUUGAAUCCCAAAUAUUUCUUUUAUUGAUAAUCAAAGUUUACGAGAAGAUGAAAUGGUUUCUGUAGCGAAGGGACGUUGAGAUCAAUUCUUAUUGUCGUGUUAAUGAGGAAUUUAUCUCGAUAAUGAGUACUUCUACGAGAAAAUGUCAACAAACGUUCUUUUUUCAGAAUUUUAUCAGCUACAAAAAAGGUCUCUUGACAUUUUCCCUUAGAUUCGAUAGUUGGAGAUUAUUUUUUCUCAAAGUUUUUUUUUAUAAAUGAGUAAAAUAAUUUUUUUGUGAACUUUAAAUAUCUUGAGAACUACGGGAUUCCGAGAAAAUGUCAAGAGACCUUUUUUGUAACUGAUGAAAUUCUGAACGAAAAAUGUUUUUUGACAUUUUCUCGUAGAAGUACUCAUUAUCGAGAUAAUUUCUGUUUGGAGAAGACGAAGAUAUUAAGAGUGGACUAUUUUGCUACAGAUUUACUUAAUUAAUAAUUAAAACAGGCAGAUUUAUGAAGGUUUUUGCUUUAAAAACCCUCACGACACGUGAGGGAAUGAAGAGCAUGUAUUGAGAACAGUGAAACUAUUGGAAUUGCCAUCGAAGUAUUGAGAUGAUGGAUGAAUAUUCCAAUAAUCGAAUUAAUUUUCGAUUUACUGUUAAAAUUUUUAGGAGGUGGAUCCGGGAUUCACUGAGUUCAGUUGAGGAUUCUAAGAAUAUUUUUUAUUGCCGAAUGUAUAGUUGAGUCGAUGUAUAAUAGAAGCAUGUACUCAAUAAA